CAUCAAUUAUCCUUUACUUCAGCGAACCGCCAUUUCAUUGUUUUUAUCCCAUCGCCAUGGCGUUCUCUUCGUUUCUUAUUUCUUCAUCUGAAACGAUUCGAUUAGCACUCAAAUACAAUUCGAUUUUGAAUCCGUUCAUCGAGUCCCAAAAAUGAGCCGACACCCUACUUUAAGAUGGGCACAGACAUCAGAAAGGCUAUUCAUAACAAUUGACUUGCCUGAUGCUCAGGAUGUGAAGCUUAAGUUGGAGCCUCAAGGGAAAUUUUCCUUUUCUGCAGUUAGUGGAGCAGAGAAGAUCCCAUAUGAAGUUGACAUUGAUCUUUAUGAUAAAGUUGACAUAAAUGAGAGCAAGGCUAGUGUUGGCAUGAGAAACAUCCGGUAUUUGAUAGAAAAGGCUGAAAAGAAAUGGUGGAGCAGAUUGUUGAAGCAAGAAGGGAAACCUCCUGUGUUUGUGAAAAUUGAUUGGGACAAAUGGAUCGAUGAAGAUGAGGAAAAAGGAAAUAACUCUGCAAAUGAGAUGGACUUCAGCAACUUGGACUUUUCGAAACUCGGUAUUGAUGCUGGUGAAGGCUUGGGUGCUGAUGGAUUUGGAGAGGGUGAUGAAGAUAACAACGUUGACGUCGAGGGUGACAAUAAAGAAGGGGGAAAAGUCGAUCGCACACCUCUUGCAGAGGCUAUUAAUGAGCCUGGUUCUACAAGCAGCAAACCUGAUGCUAAAGCUUAAGCUCAUAACAACGUAGUUUAAGGUAAAUGCUGCCCACAUCCUGGUAUAAUGGGGAUUGGAUAUGACACAACACCGUUGGGACUUGGUUUAAAGAAUAUUUUCUUUUGGAAGAGUUUGUCUUCUCUCUGCGUUUAGUGUUAGGAUGGUUGUCUUUGUUUCGUAGCAAUACAUUGUGGUUUCUUACUUGAUGUUGGGAUGUUGAUACUGCCUUUACGAAUUGUAUCGUUUUUACUUUUGUUACUUAAACAAAAGUGAAUAACUAGUAAAAAGUUCUUUCUAUUUUA